GGGCCGGGGCGGGUGAGCCGGGGUACGCGGGACCGGGGCGAUGCCGCUGCACCGCUUCCCGCCGCGGCUCUGGGCCGCCAUGCGGAUGCGGGAGGGCAUCUGCGCCCGGCUGCCGCAGCACUACCUGGCCUCGCUGCAGGACGACACGCCGCCCACSCCCGUGCACUGGCGGCCGCACGGCCUGCGCUACCGGCGGAACCCGCGCACCGGGGAGCGCGAGCGCGUGCAGGACGUGCCGGUGCCCGUGUACUUCCCGCCCGCCGCCAACGAGGGGCUCUGGGGCGGCGAGGGAUGGAUCCGCGGCUUCCGCUACGCGCGCAAUGACAAGCUCUCCACCAGGCUGCCCAAGACGUGGAAGCCGCAGCUGUUCGAGCGGCAGUUCUACAGCGAGAUCCUGGACGCCACGCUGACCAUCACCGUCACCAUGCGCACGCUCGACCUCAUCGACGCGGCCUUCGGCUUCGACUUCUACAUCCUCAAGACUCCCAAAGCUGACAUGUGCUCCAAGCUCGGCAUGGAUUUGAAGCGGACGAUGCUGCUGCGCCUGGCCCGGCGGGAUCCUCAGCUGCAUCCCGAUGAUCCAGCCAGGAGAGAGGCCAUCUAUGACAAGUACAAGGARUUUGUGAUCCCAGAAGAAGAAGCUGAAUGGGUUGGCUUGAGUUUGGAAGAAGCCAUAGAGAAACAGAGGCUCCUGGAAAAAAAGGACCCUGUCCCACUCUUCAAGGUGUACGCUGAAGAGCUCGUCAGCCAGCUGAAAGAAAAGCAACAGGCAGUGCAGAAGCAGUAGGAGAGAAACCUUGGGAGCAAAACCCUUGCUGCAGAUCAAGCAGUGGGGUUUAGGGGCUCUGCUGUCUGAGCCGUGCUGGUGGGGAAGGGGCCAUGUGAAAACCACGUUCCUGAAGUGUCAUGACAGCCUGGAUUCAGUGAAGACCUGUACGUGUGGGCAGAGGAAGGAGUUUCUGUGCUGUGGCACUGGAAGUGUUCUUGUCAGAUUGACUCAGUGUCGGUCUCCUGCCUGUACGGGCAGUUAGCUGCUCUUGAGAGCGCAAUUAUGAUACAAAAUAGGCAUUUUGGUAGUUAAUAUCAGUAAACUUCUCUCUGAUACUUCUUGCUCAUUGGUGUCUCAUAGCAGGGACUACAAUGYACAGUGAGACACGAUGUAACAGAUCAUCCCUAGCCUUAUCCAGCAGAGAUGGUUGUGCCCCAAAAGUGUGACCCAAACCCCUCAGCAGAUGGGGCUGAGAGCCCCAGCACAGCUCAGUAACCCUUGGGUUACAGCUCUGUUUGUGUUCUAAGUUGGUGACUUUGAAAUCUUUUAUUUUGUAACGAUGCAGUCGAAGUGGGUGUUGAAGCCUUUGGUGCUGUCUGGCAACAAGGGACUGCAAAGCACUUGCCAUAAUUACAGGCUGAUGAAGAGCACUGGG